AUGUAUCAGAAAGCAAUAUACACAAAUCCAAAUCCUGUACCAAUGUAUCAGAAAGCAAUAUACACAAAUCCAAAUCCUGUACCAAUGUAUCAGAAAGCAAUAUACACAAAUCCAAAUCCUGUACCAAUGUAUCAGAAAGCAAUAUACACAAAUCCAAAUCCUGUACCAAUGUAUCAGAAAGCAAUAUACACAAAUCCAAAUCCUGUACCAAUGUAUCAGAAAGCAAUAUACACAAAUCCAAAUCCUGUACCAAUGUAUCAGAAAGCAAUAUACACAAAUCCAAAUCCUGUACCAAUGUAUCAGAAAGCAAUAUACACAAAUCCAAAUCCUGUACCAAUGUAUCAGAAAGCAAUAUACACAAAUCCAAAUCCUGUACCAAUGUAUCAGAAAGCAAUAUACAUAAAUCCAAAUCCUGUACCAAUGUACAAUGUAUCAGAAAGCAAUAUACAAACCAGUGUGAAUCCAAAUUCAGUUGGACACAUCUAA